CGACGACUAUCAACAACAGCCUGGCCCUCCAAUUCCGAACACACACGCGACCAAACACGUACACGUACGCAAAGACGCGAGUGCACACGCGCGCACGUAUCUCACCGCCAGCGCUGUUGCCAUUGUGAUCUUUGUCGGUGCAGCUGGAGCACACCCUUAACCCGCGAGUGGUGCAUGGGCGACACGCCUGUCCCGAGACGAACAAGCCCUGUGUGCGACGUGCGCGCAGGAAGACACUGCUGUGGCCCGUGACAUGACCACAACCACAACGAUGAUGAUGGCGCAACGCGCGAGUGAUGGCCAUGGCAGCGGUGGUGCUGGCGGCCUCAAGUGGCGGCGACGAUGGACGUGGCUCCUGUUUGCAUUCCUGGGCAUCCUCGCAACUCAAAGUUGCCUGGUCAUGCCCAUGCCCGCACCAUCCAAUGCAUUGUCACGACAGCCGGCGGCAGUGGGGCAACCGCUGCCAUCCACCGCAGCUGCACAAACAUCCACCUCUGCUGCAAACGCAUCUACAACGCCCAACAUCACCACCACAAGCACGAGGCAUCACAUCCCAGCAAACACAACCUCCUCCACCACCACGCACAGCAAUAGCACCACGACCACGACCACGACCGCCAACAUCACCACCACCUCAAGUACCCAGGGCAACAUGACGACAAUUACGAGCACGGCCAAUGCGACCACAACGGAGGACACAACCAAACCACACACCACCAUCACCACCGCAUCGGCACCGUCAACCUCGGCGUCGUCGUCGACCACGACCUCCACGCCGCAGCAUUCGCACAGGAGGAAACGGCUCAAGGGCGGCGAAAUCUUCGCCAUCAUGUGAGCCG